UCCCGGCCGCGGAGAGCACGACAGCGGCAGGCGCAGACAGCUGCUCGACCCCACCCGGCUGCUGCUGCUGCAUCGGCACGGAAGUCUGGUGCAAGCAUGAAACUAUUUAUCAUUUCCAUGCUGGUGGAGGUGAUAUUGGCGGCAGAAGAGUGUCAACUAAGCGGCCCGUUUCCGUGGACAUGGCGCUGCGAAAACGGCGCGUGCGUGCGCCGCGCCGCCGACGAGGUCACAGACGGCCUGACGCUGAACGCGUGCAAGCUGACGUGUAAUGACGACUCGAUGCUAUGGCCGCGGCCAACGGGGCCCUUCAGCAUCGGCAACAACACCGUCUCCUUUCGGCUGGAGAGCGUCCGCCUGACGUAUCAGGCGCCAGAGGCCGCGCGGGCUUUGCUGGGGCAGGCCGGCGCCCGCUUCCAAGCGCAGCUGGCGGCGAUGAUGGACGGGGGCGACAGCUGCAUGGCCGGCCCCGACGGACAGUCGGACGCGGCGGUCGGCGCCCGGUCCGUCAAGGUGAUGGUUGUCGUGGAGGACGGGAACACAGCGCUCACGCUGGACACCAGCGAGUUCUACCAGCUGCUCAUCAACCACACGGCCGAUGACGAGGUGCAUGUGCUCAUCUAUGCCGACACGUUCUUCGGCGCGCGUCACGCGCUCGAGACGCUCUCGCAGCUUGUCAACUACGACAACGUCAACGACGCGCUGCAGACGGUACGCGCCGUGAUGAUUAGCGACGCGCCCGUGUACCCGGUGCGCGCGCUGACGCUCGACACCUCGCGCAACUUCAUCUCGCUGGCCGGUCUGCUGCGCACCAUCGACACCAUGGCCAUGAACAAGCUGAACACCUUCCACUGGCACAUCACCGACACGCACAGCUUCCCGAUCGAGAUCCGCAGCGAACCGCGCAUGGCGCAGUACGGUGCCUACUCGCCGCGCAAGGUCUACACGGCCACGCAGGUGCUGGAGCUGGUGGAGUACGCGCGCGUGCGCGGCGUGCGCGUGCUGCCCGAGCUCGACAUGCCGGCGCACGUGGGCCAUGGAUGGCAGUGGGGCGAGAAGGCCGGCCUCGGCCAGCUGGCCGUCUGCCUCGGCAAGGAACCUUGGCAGGAAUUCUGCGUGGAGCCUCCCUGCGGUCAGAUGAACAUCGUCAACGAGAACCUCUUCCCCGUUUUGGAGAAGAUAUUGAUCGAAUAUAAAGAUCUCUUCCAGCCCGACAUGUUCCACAUGGGAGGUGACGAGAUCAAUCUCAACUGCUGGAAGUCGACUCCGGAGAUCGCCGCCCAUGUGAAGGCGCAGGGCGGUGACCCGGAGGACGACGAGGAGUACAUGAAGCUCUGGAUACAGUACCAAGACCGCGCCUACAACAUCUGGAGCAACGUUACCGGUAGCUCGAUGCCGCUGAUCCUGUGGACGUCGCACCUGACUCAGCGGCCGGCGGCCGAGUCCGGCCUCGACCCGUCCAAGUACAUCAUCCAGGUCUGGACGACGGGCGCCGACAAGGAGGUUGGCCGUCUCCUCAAGCAGGGCUACAAGCUCAUCAUUUCCAACUACGACGCCUGGUACCUCGACUGCGGCUUCUCGGCCUGGGUUGGCGGCGGCAACAACUGGUGCACGCCCUACAAGAGCUGGCAGACGGUGUACGACAACAGCCCGCGCGCCAUCGCGCGCAAGUUCGAGGUGCGCGCCACGCCCUCGGCGUCGCUGCGGCCGUCUCAGGAGGCGCCGGGCAGCGACUUCUCGCGUCAGAUCCUGGGCGGCUCUGCGCCGCUCUGGUCCGAGCAGGCCGAUGACUCGACGCUGGACCAGAAGCUGUGGCCGCGCGGCGCCGCGCUGGCGGAGCGGCUCUGGGCCGAGCCGGAGACGGGCUACGCCGCUGCCGAGCGCCGCUACGUUCACCACCGGCGCCGCAUGGUGGCAGCCGGCGUGGGCGCCGAGACCGUGCAGCCCGAGUUCUGCCACCACUAUGAGGGCAGCUGCUACAUCAACAGCUGAGGGCUGCGGCGCUCUGGCAGCUGCCGGAUCAGGGACUGGGCGACGCCCGGCGCUCGCCAGCGAUGCCCGUGCCCACGAGAGACGCUGAGAUGCGACGCCGCCUCGGCAGAGAUGGCGGCCAGACGAGAGCCAGCCUGUCAGGCUAUGUUCUGCGCUGGACCUGUAUGCAAAUGGAGAAUACAUGUUUUGCCACGUC